AUGGCUCGGGAUAUGUCAGAUAAGGAAAUCUUGAAAAUGGAGCUGGAUCAGUUGAAGAAGGAAGUGAGCACACCAAGGACAGCAUUGGCUGCAAGCUGUGCAGAGACAGUUUCUUUAGUGGAGGAACUGGUCCCGAAUGAUCCGCUGAUUAAGGGCGUUUCAGAUGACAAGAACCCCUACAAAGGAGACAAGGGAGGCUGUACAGUAACAUAG